AUGAUUCGCCGAGAAUGGAAGCUGGAUCUUGAGUCCGUUGACUACCCGUCCUACUACGUGCAGCCCUUCCACGGCUAUGACGAGGGCAACCUGAGCUGGAGGGCAGCGCACGAGUUGGAAGCCGCCACACAAUCCAUGUGUUUGGGAUAUUACGAUGGCAUGACUUGGCAAGAUGCGCAGGAAGAGUUUCGGGGGGCAGCACGCAACAGCAUUCGAGACUACUGGCAAGGCCACGGAGCCAGCGCCGAGCCGCAAAGUCUUUUGGACGUGGGCUGCAGUGGCGGCUACUCGAGCCAGGAGAUGUCCAAAGCCUUUCCUUCCGCAAGCGUCACAGGAUUGGAUUUGAGCCCCUACUUUCUGUCCGUCGCGCAGCAGAACUUUCCGCAGCUGCGCUUCGUCCACGCCAAUGCCGAAGACACGGGUCUCCCCAGCAACUCGUACGACAUGGUGACGCUGAAUUUUUUGCUACACGAACUGCCAUUGGAAGCGACAAGGAACGUCUUGAGCGAAGCCUUGCGUCUGUUGAAACCCGGCGGUGUGCUGGCCGUGCUGGACGUGGAUCCCCAACGCCUGGCGGCGCUGCCGCCCUUCCGGCGCUGGGCCUUUCAGGUGACGGAGCCCUGGUGCAAGGAGGGUGAAUAUUUCUCGUUGGACUUGGCCCAGGAACUUCGUGGACUUGGUUUCGAGGAGACAACUCAAAGCAGCAACGACCCCGUGAACACCUUGACUUUGGCUCGAAAGAGGUCCUGGAGCUUCAACUACAGACUGAAAUUUGGUCCUGAGCAGGCCAGAGCUGAUCUGAUGGCAACUGGAUCGGGUGCGAGCACUACAUAUGCUGGUAAAGCUCAUGAACAUAUCCCUGAGUUUUCUGGAAAAGCUAGUGACUACAAGGAGUACAGAAAACGCCUCCUGUUGUAUGACAAGAAGAUGAAACUGGCGAACAGGGGUGGCGAGACUUCCUUCAAUGUCCUUAGCUCACUCAAAGGACGAGCUUGGGAUGCCUGUGAAGAUAUCAGCAUGCAAGAGCUUGAGGGCGACGGUGGUAUGAAGUUGGUUUUGGAGCGACUGGAUCGAGUGUUCAAAUUUGAUGCCAUUACUGAACUACCUGCAGACUUUGAGACGUUCUUCAUUGGUCUUUCGAGUGUGAACUUCGUCAUCGGUCAAGACACAGUUCCUGAUGCACAUUCUUCCAAUGCAGGACGAUGGAAUCGCAAUGGCAAAGACUCCAUCUACUAUGAGGACGAUGCUGAAUACUAUGAUGAUUGGGAAGAAUGGGAACAUGAUGAAGAUGAUAUCCAAUGGGCAGAUGAGGGUGCUUCAUACUAUGAGGAUGAUGAAUGUGAAGAGACAUAUGCAGCCCAUGAGGAUGCAGCGACCGAGUACGAUGAGGUGUUGGCAAACUAUGUCGAAGCAAAGCAGAAACUGGCACAGCUUCGUGUCUCACGCGGCUUUUUCCCAGUUGUGGCUUUGGCACCAGACGGCCGAGGACAUGGUGGAAAAGGAUCUUCAAAGGGCAAGCAUGUUAAGGGCAAGGGUAAAACCAAGUCCAAACAAUUGCCUCGACCUCCUCCACGCCCAAAAGAACGUGGUCAAGCAGCCCUUGGAACAGAGACUGAGGCAGGUGAUGCUAUGAUGGUAACAUUUGCAGAAUCCACACUGAAGCUUGACGAGAGCUCAGAUGCAGCGAUGUUGGAUUGUGGUGCAGCUUCUGUGAUUGCAUCAAAGUUUCAACUCAGAAAGUAUGUCAACUUUCUCAAAGCAGUUGGUUUCAAAGUGGAUGCAAUCCCUGUCUGGCGUUGCAGCAAAGGUUUUCGGUUUGGAAAUGGCAACAUGAACACCACGCAAUGGUGCACACUCCUCCCCACUUUCUUUGGUGGUGUGCGGCGCGACUUCUUGGCCUAUGUCAUUGAAGGCGAGGCGCCAAUUCUGUUGGGACGGCCCUUGAUGGAGGCCAUGGACUUAAGUGUCAACUAUGCCCAAGGAGAGAUCAGGUUUGGAACCGACCCUUGGAUCCCAGCAGAGAGAGGUUUGAAGGGUGAGUACAUCAUUCACCUGGCAGCUGAUGUACAUGGUUUGCUGGAUGUGGAACCCCAGUUUGUCUUCCUCCCUGAGGACUUUGACAGCCAUGUGCAACCCGUACAGCACAGCAUGGAUCAGUUGUUGGACAACGAGGAGAUCCUGGCUGUGGAGCCCAAUCACGAUGCUGACCAAGAUCUACAACAAGAUCGACAGCAAGUUUCACCGAAUUUGAUUUUUGCAGAGCACAAGAGCGACAAUGAUCUCAAAGAACCCCACGAUGCAAGUUUCACUUCAACAACCAAUGCUGGCGAAUGCAAUGAGACUCCAAUGACAGUGGCAGAACAACCACCUAGGCAAGAUGAUGUAGCUGAGUUGGACAAGCCCAAGAACGAGCACAAGAGCCUUGACUAUGACUUGUGCAGCCUUCCACCGGGCAAACUACGACAUCUCAUGCACUUGACUGCCAAGGACAAGAAAGAGUUUGAUCGAAUCUUGUCUUGCGCUUCAACUGGUGGAAAUGUUGGAAAGAAGAAGCCUUACGUCAUUUGGGAGAUUUUUGCAGGUGCUGGCAGAGUGACCAAGACAGCGAACAGACGAAAUGGUUGCAAAGCUGAACGUUUUUCCUUAGAAGAUGGUUGGGACUUCAACAUUGCGAGUCAUCGCAAAGCCUUCUUCAAACGCCUGAAACAAGAACAGCCUGACUGUUGCCUGGUCAUGCCCCCAUGCAAGCUGUGGUCUAUGUUGCAAGAGUUGACAGUGGCCAAACACCCAGACUAUAUGGCCAAGUUGACAGCCCUGCGACAGGAGAACCAUGACAACCUCCUGACCUUUGCAGCUUUGGUGUAUGAGUACCAGCGGAGACAUGGAAAGCUUGGAGUUGCAGAACAUCCACGAAAGUCACGUGCAUGGAGCACGAAAGCCUUCAAGAAGAUGCAAGGAUUUGACACACAUGUGGAUCAAUGUUGCUAUGGUCUUCAACUUCCAGAUGACUCCGGUGUGGUCAACCCAGUGCAGAAACCAACUUGUUUUAGAGCGACAGGAAAGAUGUUUCAUGACCUUCUUCAGUGCCAAUGCGAUGGACAACAUCGACACACCAGACUUGAAGGUUCAAUCCCUGGAGUCGGACUUCGGUCCAAACUGGCUGAGGACUUUCCUCAAGAGCUUGCGACGGCCAUUGUGGAUGCGAUCUGCGCCCAAUUGGACUAUGACACUGCCGAGAUCUAUGCCAACGAUGCAGGUGAUGUUGCACUGAGCCCUGCUGAAGAGUUUGCAGAGAUGGUUGAGCAACAUCAACGGGAACAAUCACAACAAGAACAAGAUGUUGAGGUUGAGCAGACUGAGCAGAAUGACCCAGUUGCGCUCAACAAAGCCCUGCGGAAAAGAGUUGGUGGAAGAGCAGUAGACUAUGUCCAGCGCCUCCACAAGAACCUUGGCCAUCCUUCUCAUGGCGUGCUGGAAAAGAUGCUUGCGGAAGUUCAGGCUACCUCCAAUGUGCUUGAAGCUGCAAGAGACUAUGUAUGUCCAGCGUGCUAUGCCAGAAAGCCCCCUUUCCAAAAUCCUCCUGCUUCAAGCCUGAAAUGCACAGAGUUCAAUGACCGCAUUUUGGUCGAUUCUCACUGGAUUCAAUGCGAGGACAGCAUCAUCAAACGUGCUGAACCUGCACCUGGAACUCCUGCGCACAAGCGAAGGGAGAAGAACAAAGCUGAGAAAGCCUUCUCUGGUCGUCAAUGUGUUCUCACCAUCAUUGACCAUGCAACCAGGUUUUGCUCAGUGAGAAUUCUCAAGUCAGAACGUGCAGAUGAGUUUACAAAAGGUUUGGAGAGAGCAUGGAUCAAGCACUUUGGUUUGCCUCGUUUGCUGAGGAUCGACGAAGCCAAAGGAUGGGCCUCAAAACACGUGCGUGAGUGGGCUUCCAGAGGAAUAGAACUAGAAGUUCAACCUGCGGAGAAUCACUCCUGGCUCUCAGUUGUUGAGAGGAAACACCAAGUUGUUCGACGAGCACUUGAGCUCUACCAGGACGACAUCGGCAGACACGAUGUUGCAGCUUUGAAAGAAGCAUGCAUCUACGUGCCUCACUCCAUCAACCAGCUGAGCUUCCACCGUGGUUUCUCACUGCAACAAUGGGUGCUGGGCAAAGCCAUGAACUAUACCCAUGGUUUAAGUGGCGAAAUCUUCAAUCCUGGUCAAGAAGCGUUGGAUGACCAAGGAGCCUUUGCAAAUGUGCAGCAGAAGCGAGUGAAUGCAGCACAAGCUUUCAUUCGAGCUGACUCUGAUGCAAAACUUCGCCGAGCCUUUACCCAGAAGUUUGUGGAGAACCGAGAUGAAGUGGUGGUAGGUGUUGCAGUUCCUGCUGACCGAGCAGCAGCCAUGCGUGACCUUGAAGAGCUGAAAGCAAGGUCAACAACCCAGUUCAAGGAUGCCUUGAAACGAGCUGGUGGCAACCCUGACGUUGAUGAGCUGAUGGGAGAUGAGAACGAGAUUGAGGCGGAGUAUGAACCGUCCAUCUACCAAGGUGAUCUGCAGCAUGAUGCGGAGACUUCAGAUGAGUCACCACAAGGCUCACGACCUGGAGUUGUUCAGAUGUUUUUCCCACAGCCUCCUCAACAGCAACAACAUGAUGAUGGUUCAGAACGUAGCCGUGAAAGAUCUCCAAGACGACGUCUAGCGUCUGAUGCAUCUACAACUUUGCCUAUGGUUUUGGAACGACCAGCAGCUGAAGAACGAGUUGUCAGCAGUUCACCAAAACGCAAAGAGCAUGCAGCACUUCCUGAAGAAGAAAGUCACAAGAAACCUAGAGGUGAUGUGGCCAGAUCUUCGACUUCAACCCCAGCCGAGAUUGCCGACGCAGCAGCAAAUCAAGCAGCUGUCGAGACACCUGUCCCUACAGCAGAUGAUGAUUUGGUGAUUGACGUCAUGAUGGUUGAUGACGGCGGCGACUUGCCUGAUGGUUGGAAAUGUGUUGAUGGUGCGUUGGAAAUGGAUGACAACUACAUGGUGCAGUUGCGCAAAGGUGAGGUCAACAUGAAACUUCUCUCACCUGAAGGAAGAACCGAUUUUGUGAAUGCAAAACGGAAAGAGUUGGAAAACUACUUUGCAAAUUUUGUUUGGGAGUUUGCAAGUGACAAGGAGAAGAAAGAUGCAGAGAAAGAUCAACGUGUGAUCACCGCGCGUUGGGUGCUGACAUGGAAAUGCGAGGAUGAGAACGCAGAGGUGCCCAAAUGGAAAGCAAAGGCAAGACUUGUCUUACGUGGCUAUGAGGAUCCUGAUGUGAUGACGCUUAACAAAGCUUCACCGACGGCAUCAAGACAGGCAAGGCUAUGGUUGUUAACUUUGACAAAGCGGAACAGCUGGCAAUUGAUCUGUGCCGACGUGAAAGCAGCUUUUCUGUCAGGGAGCAACUUUGACAGAGUCAUCAUUGUCCGUCUUCCUGCUGACUGUGGCCCCUUACUUGGUGUGAACCUGGAAGGAAUCUCAAAGCAUGUCUUCAUGAGGCUGAAGAAAAGUGCAUACGGUCUUUCCGAUGCCCCCUUGCUUUGGUAUCAAGAGGCCAGCAGACGACUGACAGAGAUGGGAUGGAUCAAACACCCCAUGGAUCAAUGUUGUUUCAUGUUGGUGGCAAACGACAAGCACUCGAGCCAUGGAAGUUUGCGUGGAAUGAUGAUUUUACAUGUUGAUGAUGUUUUGGUAACUGGAUGCCCUACAGACAAAGUUUUUCGGGACGCAGUCAAAAGCCUGCGGAAGCAAUUCAACUUUGGCAAAUGGGAUGUUUUGACCCCAACACAUUCCUUGAAAUACUGUGGCGGCACCAUUGUCCAGAAUGAGCAUGGAAUUGAGGUUUCCUAUGCUGAGUACAUGAAGCGCAUUAGCCCUGUGACCAUACAGAAAGGCAGAAAAGAUGACCAACCAAUCACUGAACAUGAGAAGAGCAAAGCGCGUGGCCUGAUCGGUGCACUACAGUGGCCAGCAACCCAAGGCUUACCGAUGUUGGCGGCUUCAAUGUCAAUUCAAGCUGGAGAACUGGCACGUGCAAAGAUCAAGGAGCUGACAGAGCUCAACAAAACCUUACGUUUUGGAAAAGCCCAUGCAGAUGUCAAUUUGAAGUUUUUGGCAACAAGCACUUCACAGUCUUUUGGUUUGGAUGGUUUGACAAUUGUUUGCUACGCAGACGCAGCUUUCUGUGUGCGAAGUGACAAGACUUCACAAAGUGGUUAUGUGCUGAUGGCGUGUGAUGCUUCUGUUUUGAAAGGCAAGAAAGUUCCUGCUUCCAUUGUUGGCUGGCGAUCAUUCAAAUUACCCAGAGUAUGCCGUUCCUCACUGGCGGCAGAAUGUCAAGCAUGUUCUACAGCGUUGGAAGAACUGAUGAUGGCAAAACUGUUUUUACAACUUUUGAAGAAUCCCUGCAGCAGUUUGCGUGAAGCCCGUGAUCAACUUCAUGGAGAUGAAUGCGCAAUGGUGACAGACUGCAAAGGAUUGUUUGAUGCUGUAAAGCGCGAGACGGUGCAGCAAGCAACCGACAAGCGUGUGGCCAUCGAAGGACUUUUGAUCAAAGACAUGUUGCGUGAUUUGAACUGCCAAUGGAGAUGGGUGAGCAGCGAGCGUCAACUCGCAGACGGUUUGACAAAGGUUGGUGCAAGAGUAGCUUUUGUCGAGCGUUUCCGAGGAGCUCACAUUCAACUUGUGGCAGAUGAAAGCUAUCAAGCAAGCAAGAAAAAGACCAAAGCCGAUAGGGAAAGAACAGUUCAAGAAACCCAUGGAUCUACAUCCCGAACUGCAAGAGCGCUGAUUGCAAUGGUGAUUGCUGAACAGUUUCAAGUGUCCGAGCAGACUGGUUUGAUCGUGCAAGGAGCUGAACAUGCGAGCGUGGCGACUGAGUAUGACAUGAAGUUCAUUUGUGCGCUGGCGCUAGCACUGUUCUUGGUGUUCCUGACCUUCAUUUGGUUUGCAUGCCCUGGCAUUUGUUCUCGGAGGACAAGGUCAACUGAAGGGCCGGAUUUGCAUGAACUGUGUUUGUCUUUAGACACAGUAAUUUCCGAGCGUGAUGAGCUCAGAGACUUUUGCAAAGUACUCAAAGAUGAGCUGGCAGAGCUGAAAGCUCAACGCCAUAGGGAUGAACAGGUUAUGGGUAGGAAUGCAUGUGAGUUGGACGAUCUGAGAGAAACCAGAAAGGAUCUCCGACUUACAGUAGGAUCUCUGAAGAAACGAUGUGAAGAUUUCACCUUGGAGCUGCAAGCGGCCAGAGCUGCAGCUGUAGCAAAUGUUUUCAUUUGCCCCCGAGGGCGUGUGUGGCACAAGUGGAAGGAGUGUCCAAUGCUUGGACAAUCAGAACCAUUAGAGUAUGAACUAUGCAUGCGGUGUGCACAAACACACCUUCCACCGAUGUCAAAUGUUCGCUGA